UCGCCGUUGGGAAUCGCUUGCCUCCAUCCUUUUUCCCACCCGCUUCCAAUUACUUACUGAGGAAACAUACAAACGCAGGGAGAGAAAGAGAGAGAGAGAGAGAGAGAGAGAGAGAGAGAGAGAGAGAUUAGGGUUUCGUAGAGGGGAAACGAAUCCGUUACAUCUCCUCGAUCGAUCGAGGGAAGAGAAAGGGAGCGGUAGAUCUCGAAUCGAAGGAGAAAAAUGGAGUGGAGGGGGAGCUUGGAGGAGCUUAUGAAUCGAAUGAACAACCCCAGGGUCGUUAUCGACAAUGCCGUGUGCCCCACCGCCACCCUCAUCAAGGUGGAUAGCGCGCGGAAGCACGGGGUGUUGUUGGAGGCGGUGCAAACCCUAACGGACCUCGAUCUCUCGAUCCACAAGGGCUACAUCUCCUCCGACGGGCGCUGGUUCAUGGACGUGUUCCACGUCACCGAUCGCUGCGGCCGCAAGCUCACCGACGCGCACGUCCUCUCCUGCAUCGAGCACUCGCUCAACACCCUCGAAAGCGGCUUCGUCGGCGGCGGCGGAGGAGGGGGCGGCGGCGGCGGCGCCGGAGAGGCGGAUGUGGGUGACUUGACGGCGGUGGAGCUCACGGGGGCCGAUCGCCCCGGUUUGCUCUCGGAGGUGUUCGCGGUGCUCGCGGAUCAGCGGUGCGACGUGGUGGAGGCGAAGGCGUGGACGCACAACGGGCGCAUCGCGGCGCUGGUCCUCUUGCGGGACGCUGACUCCGGGUGCCCCGUUCCGGCCGACGCGCACCGCGUCGCCCGCGUCGAGGCGCGCCUCCGCAACGUGCUCCGCGGCUCCGGCGAUCGCGACCGCGACCACCAAGGGCGGGGUGCGCGAGCGCGCGUCUCCUCCGCCGCCCCCGCGGCGCGCGCCACCGCCUCCGAUCGGCGCCUCCACCAGCUCAUGUUCGCCGACCGCGACUACGAGCGCCGCGGCGGCCCCGGCGCCGGCGCGAGGGUGAGGGUGGGGGUGGAGAGCUGGGGGGAGAGGGGGUACUCGGUGGUGACGGUGGAGUGCCGGGAUCGGCCGAAGUUGCUCUUCGACGUCGUGUGCACGCUCACCGACAUGGAGUACGUCGUCUUCCACGGCACCGUCGACACCGACGCCGAUCGAGCUCACCAGGAGUUCUACAUUAGGCAUUUAGAUGGGAGCCCCAUCAGCUCAGAAGCUGAGAGGCAACGCGUUAUACAGUGUUUACAAGCAGCAAUCGAACGCAGACAAUCGGAGGGUGUAAGGCUGGAGCUACGCACUGUAGAUCGGAGGAGACUCCUCGCUGACGUGACGCGGACAUUCCGCGAGAACGGACUCUCUGUGACGCGUGCGGAUGUGACAACGAAGGGGAAGAUGGCCGUGAACGAGUUCUACGUGACGGACACGAUGGGUAACUCGCCAGAUCCCAAGAUCAUCGAUGCAGUUAUCAAGAGAAUUGGCGAGGAGAACCUCCACGCCGGGGAAGAGGAGCGCUUGUCCCGGUUAUACUCCACCCGCGACGGGUCCAGCGCCUCUGCUGGGCUCUUCCAACUAGGUUCCUUGGUGAGGAGGAACCUCUACUAUCUGGGCCUCGUCAAGUCCUGCUCCUAGAGGCGAGGAACUGUUAUCUGGACCUAAGUCCACCGCUCAGCCUCAGACCGCCUAGCGAUAUAUAAACUUUUAUCCGAGUUUUCUCUUCAGUCGAGAAGUUGCAACUAGGUUCUCAAUGUCUAUUAGUUAUUUCAAUUAAGUCUCUUCCGCCAAAAAUUUGAAUAAUUCAGGCAGAAGUUGUCGUUGGUCGGUGAAUGCAGAUACCAUUGACAACUUUUGUCCGAAUUAAUGAAAUUUUUAGACGGAAAACGACUCUGUUGAAAGAAUUAAUACAUAUUAAGGAUCUAAUUGGAAUGCCUAAUCUUGGAAAACCUGGGGGCGAAUGGUAUGAUUUGUCCUUUACUAAAAAGUAGGUCGUGAUUGAUGGCAGAUUACUAGUUGGUCUGCCCCAGGCUGGCGGUGGAUAAGAUCUAGAGGACGGGUUCUCUCCUACAGGGUGGUGUAUUUUGUUGCACAUAUGCCUCUCCCUCCCCAUACUCCCGCUUGGAUAUGAUCCAAGGUAAUGCAUUGUUGUACAUAAAAUUAGGUUCUAGUUUUUAGUUGGGGGGGAAUGAAGGAAGGGGAUUGAUAUCUCACUAUUGUUGUUAUAAGCGUUGGUCUAUGGUUGGGUAGUUGCUAGUGUUUGUAUCUCUCCUUUGUUACAAAAACUCACAUUACUGUCACACGCACCAGCACACAUACAGGAAGGAGUACUGUAGACUUUGUACAUAUACCAUACCUGAUGAUAUUGAUAGCUACAAAUAUUGUUUGACUACCCAAAAUAUUAAAUUCUCUAUCUCUCUCUC